CUGUCUUCCCCAUGGAGUCUUCCUGGGCGACUCUGGGCAUCGCAGCUUUCCUUUUCUUCUUGUCGCUUCUCUUCGCCGCGCGGUUCUUCCGGACGAGGCGAGCGCGUGUCCCACGUAACGCCGCCGUCAGCCUCUUGGUGGUUGCCGGUUCUGGAGGGCACACUACAGAAAUCUUGAGGUUACUUAGUAGCCUGUCCCAGACAUACUCUCCUAGACAUUAUGUUUUGGCUGAUUCAGACAAGAUGAGUGAAGAAAAAAUCCGUUCUUUUGAACAACAAAGAGCUGAAACCUCCAAUUCCUUGUUCACCCUCCACCGCAUUCCCAGAAGCCGGGAGGUCCGUCAGUUGUGGAGCUCCUCUGUGCUGACGACUCUGCGUUCCAUGUUUUACUCUCUCCCUUUGACCUUCAGACUCAAGCCAGAUUUGGUUUUGUGCAAUGGCCCAGGAACUUGCGUUCCCAUAUGCGCAUCUGCCCUCCUGGUCAGGAUGCUGGGGAUAAAAAAUGUAACCAUUGUAUACGUCGAGAGCAUCUGCCGCGUGGAAAACCUGUCUCUGUCCGGGAAGAUCCUUUACCACUUUUCAGAUUAUUUCUUCGUCCAGUGGCCUGCGCUGAAAGAAAAGUAUCCCAAGUCUAUCUAUCUUGGGCGAAUCGUGUGACAAGAAAGGACAAUCUCAAUGUGUUUUAGUACCGACUCUGAUUUUUUUUCCCAACUGGUCCUUCAUAAAUUUACACAAGUCGAGCCAGAAUCGCAUGGCUGGAUGUCACAAGAUUAUGCUUCUCUUUCCAGUUGCUGUCAGGAACUCAACUCUACCUCUGUUGCAUCACUUUGGUUUCCAGGACUGCCGCCCUUCAUCCUCAUCUCUUAAAAAAGCCCCUUUCUGAUGAGUCAGGGAAUAAGGUAAAUGGAGUAAUAUGGCAGGGGGGAAAGAAUAUUAGUUUGUGGUGAAAUUGCACAGCGGAGAGGAUCACUAAUAUUUAUGUGGUGUCCAUCAAGGUGCACGGCACUGUACAAAACAGUAGGAAAAAAAUAGACUCUCACAAACACCCCUGCUUACAUUGGAUAUAAGCAUUUAUUUAAAUUUUCUUUGUUUUUGUUUUCCUUUUUUACUUUAUGUUACACACACAAUUCAUAUACGUAUAAAACAUGAAACUGACGUAUGAUGUUGGCUUAUCCCUAAGGUACCACCUAGGAAUCAUGGAAGUAGGGCUGGUCCCUCGCCAUCAUCUCAUUCCCGAUCACAAAAUAAUGUUUUAUUCACCUGCUGUCACAAGUUUUUCUCCAGUCACUAAAGGCGAGGAUGUUGGCUGGUGCUAGCCUAUUGCAAUGAGAUCCCAUUGAGAUUUAUAUGGAGAAUUCCAAUUGGGAAGAUACUGGCCUUGGUCAGAUGUUAACAUUCCACAUUUCCUUCUGCCCUCUUCUCCACAUGGAACAAGUCAGAAUUGGAAUGGGCUGUACUUAUUUGCACACAGUUUCUCCCUGACCUGUUCACUCUACCCAUUACCCGCCUUCUGGUGUAAGACUAUGUGGUGUGUUGGGGUCCUGCGGUCUCUCCUCAAAGGCCAUUCAGGGGCAGUGGCUUUUUAGAGCCAUAGCUGCACCGAGUAGUUGCUUAAACAUGCCCCUUAAAUUAUAAGAAACAAAAUCUUGUUCUGGUACCAUAGCCCUUGUUUCCUGUAUGCAAGCAGCAAAAGCCCUAGUGAAUAUUUUGAGCGUAAAGGAAACAGUCGUAUUAACUUGGCCUGAGGACAGUUUUCGUUCUGCAGCCUUUCCAAAAAAAAAAAAAAAACCCAACCCAUAGCAUUAAA